AACUACAUCUCCCAGCAUGCUCUAGGGCAGCUGCGUCUGCGUGUUUUCAGCUGUCAUUCUGCCCACAGAGGCGAAGCUGGUCCAGCAUCUCCAGACAGGGGAGAGGAAAAGGCACAGAAAAUUAAAUGAAAUGAUCUAUUUCUCUUUAUUCGCAAUGUGUUUCCCAUUGCAAUGAAGGACAGAGCUUUUCACUGUGAGGAUUUUAUCACCGCUUGCCGAAGAGUCAUUGCUGUUUCUCAUUGAGAAAUGCCGUUUGUGGUUCUCUAAAUGGUCUUAACGCUGAGAAAAAUAUAUAAACGAUGAAGAAGCAAUUUAAUCGAAUGCGACAGCUCGCCAACCAAACAGUGGGCAGGGCAGAAAAAACAGAAGUAUUAAGUGAAGACCUAUUACAGGUGGAGAAACGUCUGGAGCUGGUAAAACAAGUGACUCACAGCACCCACAAGAAACUAACAGCAUGUCUGCAGGGCCAGCAGGGCGCGGACGUAGACAAGAGAUCAGUGCGCUCUCCCUCGAAAAAGCUCCCCCUGAUGACACUGGCGCAGUGCUUAGUGGAGGGAGCUGCUGUCCUCGGGGACGAAUCUCUACUGGGGAAAAUGCUAAAUAUGUGCGGAGAGACAGAAGACAGGCUGGCCCAGGAACUCAUUCUGUUUGAACUGCAGAUAGAAAGAGAUGUGAUAGAACCACUAUUCAUAUUAGCAGAGAUGGAUAUUCCCAACAUCCAGAAACAGAGAAAACAUUUAGCUAAACUAGUUCUGGAUAUGGACUCUGCAAGGACACGGUGGCAGCAGUCUUCAAAGUCCUCGGGCAUGGCCAGUAACCUGCAGCCGUCGGGUGCCAAAGCUGAUGCCCUCAGGGAAGAAAUGGAGGAGGCAGCAAACCGGGUGGACAUCUGCAGGGAUCAGCUGUCAGCUGACAUGUACAAUUUUGUGGCCAAAGAAAUAGACUAUGCAAGCUACUUUCAGACAUUGAUAGAAGUACAGGCAGAUUACCACAGCAAGUCACUGGCACUUUUACAGAGCAUUUUGCCUCAGAUUAAAGCACAUCAGGAAGCCUGGAUCGAGAAGCCGUCCUAUGGUAAAGCACUGGAGGAGCACCUUGCAAUCAGUGGCAGGGAGAUCGCGUUCCCCAUUGAGGCCUGUGUGACCAUGCUGCUGGAGUGUGGCAUGCAGGAGGAGGGGCUGUUCAGGGUGGCUCCCUCUGCCUCCAAGCUGAAGAAGUUGAAAGCCUCCCUGGACUGUGGGGUGCUUGAUGUGCAGGAGUACUCUGCAGAUCCACAUGCCAUCGCAGGAGCUCUGAAAUCCUACCUGCGUGAGCUGCCUGAACCGCUGAUGACCUUUGAACUCUAUGACGAGUGGAUUCAAGCUUCCAACAUUCAGGAUCAAGAUAAAAGAUUGCAGGCCCUGCUGAAUGCUUGCGAGCAGCUUCCCAAGGCAAAUGCCGACAAUCUCAGAUACUUAAUCAAAUUUUUGGCCAAGUUAACAGAAUACCAAGAUUCCAAUAAGAUGACGCCAGGGAAUAUUGCAAUAGUGCUGGGGCCCAACCUGCUCUGGACUCACACUGAGGGGAACAUCACAGAGAUGAUGACCACCGUCUCCCUUCAGAUUGUCGGCAUCAUCGAGCCCAUCAUCCAGCAUGCCGAUUGGUUCUUCCCUGGAGAGAUCGAAUUCAACGUAACUGGAAACUACGGCAGCCCUCUUCACACGAACCACAACGCCAACUACAGCUCCAUGCCCUCCCCGGAUCUGGACCACUCGGACCGCAAGCUGCACGACCAGACCCGGCGACCCCUCAGCGUUGCCACGGACAACAUGAUGCUGGAGUUCUACAAGAAGGAUGGCAUCAGGAAAAUCCAAAGCAUGGGAGUCAGGGUGAUGGACACAUCUUGGGUGUCCCGCAGGGGCUCUUCCUUAGUGCGCAAGACGGCGUCCACACCUCUGAGCGUCCAGCCCCCCGCUCCUCCUGCAGAGCUCGACUCUGUGUCUCAGUGUCUCCUCCCUGAGCAGCCGUACGACCUGUCUGCUUCUCCCUCCCCCACUCCUCCUCCUAGCAGUGGUGGCACUGACCGGGCCAGCACAGACGAUGUGUCUUCCAAUUGGUCGGAUUCCUGUUACGCCUAUCCUUCCCCAGAGGAUGACAGGCCCCCACCACCUUACCCCACCUCCUACCUCCCUCCCCGCCAUUACUACCCCAAAGCACAGCCAUCCUCUCGGCCGGCUGCUCCCACCCCCCUCGACCCUGUAACCCUGGGCUCUUCACCGCACCGGUGGACGGGCUACAGCCCCCCCCUGCCUCCCCCCUCCCCUUCUCCUCAGCAGCUUGACAUCAAUUCUAACCCAAAGCCCAGCUUCCUCCACCUCCCCAAGCAAAACUCCCUCACUGACGCACCGCAUGCUGCUCCUGAAACUAACGUGUCACCCCUUUACAUCAAAACACCCCUUGUGCUCACCAAACAAGACCCCCUCUUUGGCACCCCCCCUAACCUCCCUAUGUCAGCCUCACCCCAAUGGGUCAGCUGUACCUGUACCAGAGAAAGAGGGACCAAGCUGACUAGCACCCUGAAGAGCAAAGAGCUCUCUCCUGUGAUGGGGCAGAAGGGCAGCUGCCCUGGUUUAGGCUCCAUGACAUCAACAGGCAGUGGCCAGCAGGGAUCUGGAAUAGGACAGCAGCUCACCAGUGACCAGAGCCCCCACUCCCUCAGAAAAGGGACCUUGUCCAAGAAGCUGGCCCCCAUCCCCCCCAAGGUGCCGUUCGGGCAGUCAGGGGCCGUGUCCGACCAGUCGACAGGUCAGCCGUCCCCCGUCAGCCUCUCCCCCACCCCUCCCAGCACCCCCUCCCCGUACGGACUCACCUACCCCCAGGGGUACACCUCCAUGACCUCCCCAGGUCAGGUGUCGCCGGCGGCCCCCCAGUCCCUGUCGUCUCCCUCCUCCCUCACCGGCACACUCACCAAGUCGCGGCCCACCCCAAAGCCCCGGCAGAGGCCCAGCCUGCCCCCUCCCCAGCCGCCCACCGUCCCCGGGCUCCCCGGCUCCAGCCCGCAGUCUCUGGACCACACCAUGCUGGACGGCAUGUCUCCAGGGGAGAGCAUGUCCACAGAUCCCCUCGGUCUAGAAAUCCCCAUCAUACACAUAGAAUUUGAUGGCCUGCAUUGCGAGCCUCCGGAUCCAGCGAGCAGGAACUCUGUGGGGGACUUCAUGGCAAAAACAGAGUCGGAGGAGGAGGAGGAGGAGUCGGAAAGCACUGCCCUUUGACACAGGGACCCCGUUACUGUACAUACAAUAUAUACAAACUACUACUGAGAGCACCCGAGCUGCUUCUACUGUCUGCAAAAACAACAUGGGAAUAUAUAGAUAUAUAUAUAUAUAUAUAGAGAGAGAGAGAGAGAGCUAUAUAAAUACAUAUAUAGAGAGCGAGAGAUAGAUAUAUAGAUAGACAAAUAUAUAUAUAUAUAUAUAUAUAUAUAUAUAUAUAUAUAUAUAUAAAUAUAUAUAAAUAUAUAAAGAAAUGACAUGGAGAAUUUGAAAAGAUGGGAAAUUUCAAACACGGAACUGAAUACCAUGUUACAUUUUGAUCGUGGCAUGUUUUAAUUACUUUUUUUUUUUUUUUUCGUUUGCCUUAUCCGAGUCAUUGCAACUUUGCCUUUCUAUUUCUUACUAACUUGUUCUGUGGAUUUUCUAAUGUACUCUGCUACGGUGCCUCAUGGGAGGGCAUAUCGCUUAAUGGAACAUUAUGAAUAAUCUAUACAAAGUAUGUCAAAGAGAGUCGUGGCAUAUCCCGGUGCACACUGGAAAAGCCAAUGAAGUUGCAGGAUUUCUUUUUUCUUUUGUAUAUGUAGUUGUAUAUGUCUACUGAGUGUUCAGGCCAACUAUUCAGCCUGGCUGCAUAAAAAAAAGGCAUUUGUUUAAAAAAAAUAAGAAUCUCUGACAUGAUCUGUUGAACAAGUAUUCCUGUCUCCACAGAGCGCCAGUUCAAUAUUUUGGUGGAGUUUCAGACAAAUCACUAUUUGUAUCAAAACCAGCCGUAUUCCAUUUACUAUAUUCCAAAGGGUCUGUCUUCAGUCCUGUUUCCUGAAAUGCCUCCUAGUGGCACAUGCAGAGUCAGUAUACAGCAACUUGCUUUCAUGAUCCAUUCAGAGGAUGCUACCUCUUAACUGAGCACUGCUGGGAAGCUAAGAGAUGUUGAUGGAACCUGUGAGAAACGCCCCUGGUGGAUGUAAGUAGAGUGUUUCCGCGAUGAGUGGUCAAGUCACUUAACCACUGAGUCAGUGACAUCCAACAGUAUUAGUCUGGGUGUCAUUCUUUAAAUCACAUCAUGUGGAAAAGGAGAUUCUGCACUUCUCUGUCUGUGUGCACAGUUGGCCGCUCUAGCCUGUAGAUGUUGCCAGUUCUAUGGUCGUCAGCUGGUGUUGAUGCUGUAUGUUUUUGUAACACUGGAUUUAAAUGGUUCCUUUUUAGUGUGGAUGUUGUCAAGGUUACGAUUCAGAACUGGAUGUGCGGUGUUGUAUUUCUGGGGGCCAUUUUAAAAACAUAAAAGAAAAGAAAAAUACAUAAAUCGAUGUCUGUAUAGAAAUUCUUGGAAAACGUGGUGAGAUGUGCUAGUUAAUUCCAGAAUAUUUUAGGUUGUUAUAUAUUUAUACUUUUUAAUGUCAAAAUGUGCAUAUCUUUUGGUCCUCAUAAGUGUAUGAAAGUGACAUAUUUGCAUCUCGUCCUUAUUGCUGGGGGAUAUUCUGUUGAGCCACCUGCUUCAGCAUCAACACAAUUGUACAAAAUGUACAGAGCUGUACUGCUUUCCAGGGAGGAGCCCUUCAUCUCAACCGGGCUUUUCCUCAAAGCGAUACAUAUACUUGUAUUCCUGUUUGUUAGAGAUAUUUUCAUAAAGAAAGUCAGUGGUCUAUAUGCACUGCCUGGAAGUUAUAAUGCUGCUCUUUUAAAUCCAAGUGCAAAUACCCAACAUACCUGUUACCAUAUGUCAAGUGUAAAUUUUAUAUAUAUAUAUAUAUAUAUAUAUAUA